GUAACCUUGUGUAGACGGUUUUGUAUCGUAGCUUUCUAAGCUAACUCACUGAGUAGUUCUCAUAAUGCUCGAAAUGGCUCAGUUCAGAUGUUACCAAUCUAAAGCGAAGGCUGGAAACUGGAGAGAGGACCAAGUCUUAGAGGAGACUAAAAUGAAAGAGUAUUUGGAGAAAAAGGAGAAAGGUGAACUUGUUGCUCAGAAAGUAGACCUCCUCAAACAGAACAUUUUACAGCCGGUGAACCUUUCUGUGACAAACGAUGGAAAUCUGCACUUUGGGGAUGUUGUGAUGCUGGUGAACAUGGGAGGAGAACACGGGGAGUGCAGCGUUGUCAGCAUUAACUGUGACAUCCACAGUUUGACGAAUGUCCCGUCUCUGGGUAUUCAAGCUCCCUGUCAAGUCAGCGCAGGAAGCAGUAUUCAACCCUGCACACGCACUGCUUUCAUCAUCACCAGUGUUGAUAGCAGUCCUGAAGGAGCGACUCUGCACUUUGAGCAAAAUUUUGCUCUGAAAACAACAAGUGGCUUCGCCAGAGGACUUUACCUGACAAGUGAUCUGAAAAGUUUCCAGAAGUGUGCAAAGAUGUCUCGUCUCCAAGAAGUUUACCUGGAUAAGAGCGAUUGCUUUCUGUCGUGGUGGAAGAUGGUGCACUUUGACCCCCAGGAGAGACUUGAAUACGAGGGUCUGCCAGUUCCUGCUAAUGUGAAGGUCCUGAUCAAACACUGCAAGACAAACCAAGCUCUUGCUGUUCUGGAAAAUCAAGUUUUUUGGAACACGUAUGGCAAAGAGUACGAGGUGACGGCUCAGACAUUCUUGGACUCCCACAAAGCGGAACAGGACAACAACCACUGGAUCCUGUGCACCUCUGAUCCAGCAGGGGACGGGCUUGCACUUCUCAAGCUCCCACAAUCGGCAGCUAAAAACCAGUUCACAGACACACACCUUCAAAAUGACUCCAUCCAGGCGUAG